AUGGGGAUGAACACAAGUUACUUGGGAGGAGAAGGACUUUCAACGUCUCAGAUGUUGAGUUUGGUAACGAAUAAACUUCAUACGCGAUUUGUUGAGAAAGAUAUCAAGGAGUUUGAUGCAUUCAAUGUUGCCAUUCUAGAUACAUUCACCACUAUCAACAUGGCCUUACCAGGCAAGCAUUAUGAUGCACCAACACAUAAUAAUGUAAAGGACUUUUACGAGCAAUGGAAAGUAGCAAAUGAGGAAACCAGAAACAAGAUGUUCAGUGAGUUUAUGACUAAGAAUGUGAAUAUCAACAAAGUAGAUGAAUCUAUGAUAAUGACUGCAUUAGUGGCACCUCCAGCAGCCAUGGUGGCUAAGAGAACAGGACAAACAGUGCCUCAGCUAAAACUUAUGAAUGCAAUUCCUGAUGUUUUGUUUGUGCCCUCAGUUACAGUUUUGGCUCUCAUUGCUGUCAAGAUUCUAAGAUUAAGGUUCAUUGGACUUAAGACAGAGUCCCAGGAAACUGAACUUGUUCCACAAGCAACUGAACCUGUUCCACAAGCAACUGUACCUGAAACUGAACCUGUUCCACAAGCAACUGAACCUGUAAUAUUUGAAACUGAACCUGUUCCACAAGCAACUGAACCUGUAAUAUUGGAAAUUGAACCUGUUCCACAAGCUACUGCCCCUUCACAUCCACCCCACCAGGACAAUACCUGGUGUAAACUUUGCGAAAAAUACCAUUGA